UGUUGCGUGAGUGACGACUUUGUUUCUGUUAAGUAAAAAAUAAUAUUCCUCUGCAUAGCCAGAAGUCCUCACGCCACUUCUUUUUAGAAACUAAUAGACGUAAAUCACCAGUCCUGCUAAUUGUUCCUUCUUUUUCUUUUUUCUUUUUUAUUAUAAUUAAAAUAAAGAAGGUUUUACUAAUUUUGUAUUUUGGGGGCUUGAGAGUAUGAGUAAUUAAAAAUUAAAAAGAAUUUCAUAAAAUUGGUGAAGGGGGAAAGUGUGAGGGAGAGUGGGGCCAAAAGGAAAAUCGAUGAAGAAAAACCCUAGAAUCGGGAUCGAGGAGGCUGUGUAGAUGCAUGUCGUUGGAUUAACGUUGGAUCUAAAUUGGUUCCUGCAAUUCAUAUUUACGCUAUUUAUAUUCGCAUUGGGGGCUCUUCACUUGCUCAAGAAUACGGCGUCGAAAUACUUCGAAGUCGACGCUAAUUUCGACCGUGACCAAACAAUGUCUUCCAUCCCCGUGGACCCCGACCUCUCUCCUUGUGCAGUUUGCUCCAAUACCGCCUCCAAGAAGUGCUCGCGUUGCAAAUCUGUUCGUUAUUGCUCCUCAGCUUGCCAAAAGUUGCACUGGAAUGCCGGGCAUAAGACAAAGUGCAAAGAAAAUUCGGCACAAACUGCAAGCAUAAAACUUUUUUCAGGAGUUGCUCUGGUUCCUGCCAGUGGAACCUCUAAGAUUAUCAAGAAGCCAAGAAAGGUUCUUUUCCCAUAUGAUGAGUUUGUAAAACUUUUCAACUGGGAGAAACCUGGAUUCCCUCCGUGUGGACUCUUAAAUUGUGGAAACAGUUGCUUUGCCAAUGUGGUUCUGCAGUGCCUUGUAUCCACUCGUCCACUUGUUGCUUACUUGUUGGAGAAAGGCCACAGGAAAGAAUGCAAACGUAAUGAUUGGUGCUUUCUGUGCGAAUUUCAAAUUCACGUUGAAAGAUCAAGCCAAAAUCCACAUCCAUUUUCUCCAAUUAACAUUCUCUCUAGGUUGCCUAAUAUUGGAGGUAACCUUGGUUAUGGAAGACAGGAGGAUGCUCAUGAAUUCAUGAGGUUCGCUAUUGAUACUAUGCAAUCUGUUUGCCUAGAUGAAUUUGGUGGAGAAAAAGCUGUUGAUCGUGUCUCUCAAGAGACAACCCUUAUUCAGCAUAUAUUUGGUGGUCAUCUGCAAUCUCAGGUGAUUUGCACAAAUUGCAAUAAGAUUUCAAAUCAAUAUGAAAAUAUGAUGGAUUUAACUGUUGAAAUUCAUGGAGAUGCUUCAUCAUUGGAGGAAUGCCUUGAUCAGUUCACUGUUAAAGAGUGGCUUCAUGGGGAAAAUAUGUACAAAUGUGACGGCUGCAAUGACUAUGUCAAGGCAUGGAAGCGCCUUACUAUACGAUGGGCUCCUAACAUUCUUACCAUUGCCUUAAAAAGAUUUCAGAGUGGUCGAUUUGGAAAACUCAACAAAAGAGUUAUUUUUCCUGAAACAUUGGAUCUUAACCCUUACAUGAGUGAAGAUGGAGAUGAUACCAAUCUAUACAAACUUUAUGCAGUUGUUGUCCAUGUUGAUAUGCUGAAUGCAUCCUUUUUUGGUCAUUAUAUUUGCUACACCAAAGAUUUCUGUGGAAACUGGUAUUUGAUUGAUGACCAUAAGAAUUUUCUUUAUGCCAAGCCCUCUGUCAUCCCCAUUCAAUCAUCAUUAGAAGAUGGGGUUAUGAGGGUUGAAUUGGAAGACGUACUUUCUCAGGGAGCAUAUAUGCUUUUAUAUAGCAGGGUUUCUGCACGCCCAUCAUGUCUUAGAACCUCUGGAACUCAGGGGAAGGAUGAACAGAAAUCAAUGAAAGCUGAAGAAGAGCGUUGUCCAAAGGAUCAAAUUGCAAGUGUAGCUGGAAAAGAGUCUGGUAAUUCUCCUGGUUGUUCUGUGUCCCUGUCAUUCAACGGUCGAUUGCAUUCUGAAAUUCCUAGACAUGAAGUUGAGUCAUCUACUGGAAUAAAUACUUGUGCUGUUAAUGGACAUGAGGAUGUUGAUGUGGUUAAGUUCAAGUCAAAUUCAUCUCUUUAUAAGGAGGUUUCCUUUUAUGAAAACGAAUCAUGUUUCCAGAUUGAUUCAGAAGCUACUAGAAUAAAUGGUGAAGAUAUGGAUAAGGUUCAUUCUAUAGCUGUGAGAGAAAAUCCAGUGAAUGUGGAGCGGAGUAGUAGUCUGCCAUGUUCUUCUGAUAUAAAGGAGGUUUCCAGCUCUGAUAAAGAUCUGUUUGUUGCAGCCACUUCUGAAGCUGUAAUGGAAGCAGAAAGUGUGAAGAUGGUUGAAGCAAAGCAAUAUUUAUCGGUUUCAAAAGACAUAAAAAGCUGUGAGCAAGAUUUGCAAGUAGCAAUUAAUUAUGUAAUGGAAGAUUCAGAUGACACAUCUCCAGCCAGAACCCCUGGUUUGAAACGUGAAUUGUCCUUGCACGGUUCAGAACUUGAGGGAGGGAAUGGGGUCAAGAGAGCUGAAAUAGCAGAUGGCAGUUCGCAAUAAUGGGCUGCAUGUUCCGGCUAAUUAUUUUGUUCAUAUUUUUUGAUCAUCCUCCCAUCAUUAAAAGAAAUGGAUGAAGUUGGGUUAUUUAUCUGAUCUGGGGUUUCAUUAUUUACAGAAAUCUUAGAUUCUGUUGUACCAAUUUUAGAUGGCCCAUAAUCAUUUAGCUUUUUCCUUACCUAGAGUAAAAUAAAAUCCUUACUCUGUAAUAAGGGUACUUCUAAUCUAAUUUCUCUAAAUAGGAUACUUAAUGUCAUGUUAUUUAUUUUUCAAUCCCCGUUGAAAAAAAAUUCCCAUUGUUCCCCUUCUCCCCAAGUAUUAUCCGUGCAAUCAACUAGAACUCUCUUUUGAUCUGGAUCCAAGAUAAACUGACAAUAAACCCCAAAAUAAGGCAUAUGUUGAUCAGGAAUUGACUGUUCAGGAAGAUAUGCAUGGCCCUCACUUUUCUUCCUUUAACCCUUCAUUCUUAAACCAGAAGGUGAACAACUUUUUUUUUUUUUUUUCACAAAGA